AUGGCGCCACCUACACCACAUGUGACCGCUUUGCGGGAGCUGAUAGAGCAGAUGCCAUUUGUGAAAGGGGACCAGACAAUCGAAAACGCGGAGGCUCGCCUCCACCUUCGACAUGUCCAACAAUGCGUUUGGUGGGCUCUGAAGCAUAAGGCCAGCCUUACAAUCCUUGGCGGAGGUCACAGUGGCCAUUGUGUCGAGUUUAAUGUUGUCGCCGUCGACAUGGGCGCCUUUGGCCAAGUACACAUUCUCAAGCCUUCGGGAGAUGGAGAAGAAUCGGGUCCCGAAUCCGGUCCUUACGUCGUCGCCGAGGCUGGCUGUAAGACUGGGGACAUCGUCGGCAAGGCUAUGGCGGAAGGUUUGACAGUGCCCCUUGGGACCGGCCCAAGUGUUGGCGCGGGAUCCUGGCUUCAAGGCGGCAUCGGGCAUCUGGCUAGAUUGCGCGGGCUUGCGUGUGACGCUAUUGUCGGUGCAGUGCUGGUCAGAGUCGAUUCUGGUGAUGUCGUCUAUGUCGGUAGCGUGCCAAGCCAACACCGACCGGCCGGCGCAGUGCGCCCGGAAACUCACGAAGCCGAUCUCUUAUGGGCGAUAAAAGGGGCCGGGACCAACUUUGGGAUCGUGGUCAGCGUUACUUUCAAGGCCUACGCAGCCCCGACCUAUUUGCGCCGAAACUGGAUCUUCCCGCUAAAGGACGACAGUGAGGCGCAGCAUGGGCUUAGAGUUUUUGAUAAAUUCGCUCAGGGACUCCCACGGCAUAUCUCUGCGGAGGCAUAUCUGUAUUGGUACGCCGAUCAGCUGCACUUGGAAGUGACUAGUGUGGACGCGUCCGUGGCUGUGCCAGAGCCCAGACAUAUCAAACUUUGGGGCGUCGAAGACAAGUUCAAGUACCUCAACGGCGUCGAUUUACUCGACACUGGAAUGAGCAUGUCUAGGAUGCAUGGCGGCACCAAGACUUCGUCACUCAAACGAUGUUUCUUCUUGAAACGUACCAUCGGAGCAUCCCAAAUCGUCAGCAACAUCUUGGGGGCCCUUGAAACUCGUCCCUCACCAUUCUGCUAUAUCCAAAUUAUGCUAGGUGGUGAAGCGGUAGGCGACAUAGCGGCUAAUGCCACUGCUUUCGGCUGUCGAGACUGGACCUUUGCGUGCGUGGUUGCUGGUGUCUGGCCCCGCGACGAAGAUGGGACUGAAACCGCUCAAGCCGCCGUUCAAUGGGUUUACGACGUCGCUAAAGUCUUGUUACCCAAGAGUGAUGGCGUAUACAGUGCCGACCUUGGACCGGGCCACCGAGACGCCGCUUUAGCGACCAAGGCAUUUGGGCCAAACAUCUCUCGCCUGAGUCGUCUCAAACGCAACUUAGACCCUCACAAUGUGUUGGCUCACACCUGCCCGGUCCCGAAAGCACUGGCUAGACAGAAGCUUAUCAUGCUUGUUACAGGCGAAACCUACGCCGGAAAAGACCAUUGCGCUAGGAUUUGGGCUUCCUUUCUCACCACAUACACUGAGAAAAAGCUCACGACACGUGUGGUCAGCAUCAGCGACGCUACCAAACGAGAAUACGCAUCAACUACUGGUGCCGACCUAGAUCGCCUGCUCAAUGACCGCUCCUAUAAAGAGCAACACAGAGCAGCGUUGACGGCUUUUUUCGAGGACCAGGUGCGACAAAGACCUAAACUCCUAGAGGAGAAUUUUCUAGAUGUGGUGCGCGGCGCUGUAGAUGUCGAUGUGUUGCUAAUCACUGGAAUGAGAGACGAAGCGCCGGUCGCCAAGUAUUGGAGACUGGUGCCAGAGAGCAGACUAAUCGAGGUUCGCAUCGAAAUUGACGAAAACACACUAGUGAUACGCCGAGCCUGCGACGGGUUUGGUAUGGUUAGCAUCGACAACAAAGCCAACAAGGACGGCAGCGAUGACAGAUCGAGUUUGAAGCCCCUGAACUACCGGCCUGGUUUCGUCUUCGACAAUGACACGAAUGGAGACAGGGAGGCAACAAGAUUCGCUGAGAAAUACCUGCUUCCCUUCUUCGACGAAGACUUGCAGCGGCUGGCCGACAUGGUACCUCUGGUACCCGGCUUUCCAUGCCCGGAAUUCGGGUUCCACCACGUGUUAGACAUCGCCCAGCAGCCGGGUGGGUUGACCCUAUGCGUAGACCUACUAGAAACGCAUUUUACCAUGGAUGAAUUGGCCACAGUCGAUGCGGUGGCAUCUUGUGAGACUGGCGGCUUCAUCUUUGCAGCGGCAUUGGCCAAGACGUUCGAAUUGCCCUUAGUGCUAAUUCGCAAAGGUGGUAAGCUCCCACCACCCACCGUUUCCAACACGAGGCUCGCGUCGCACGUUUCGUCUUUGGUGACCGACGAUUCAGAAGUUGGGGAGUUUGAGAUGAACCGGUAUGUGGUUUCAAGAGGCACGUCAGUGUUGGUAGUGGAUGAUGUGCUUGCCAGUGGGCGCACGCUUUGUGCGAUGCUAGACUUGUUAGUUAAAUCUGGCGUUCGUAUUGAGGACGUCAGUGUUAUGAUCGUGGCUGAAUUCCCCGUUCACGGCGGCCGGGCCUUGUUAUGCAAGCGUGGCUUUGGUGGAGUCAUGAUUAGAAGCCUUUUGGUCUUUGGCGGUGCUUAGGGGAAACUGAUGUAGAAAUCCUGUAUGUGUGAUAGGAAUGGCUAGUGGUAGGAUGUGAUUCAGGCAUGAAAAUAUUCACUCUUUUCACAGAUAGUUAGAUAGAUUAGGUACCUAUCU